ACAGAGCAGGGGAUUUCCGACAAUCAGAGGACAGCGGGGCUGUGACGUUCGGAAACCGGGUCUGAGAAUAAAAGGAGGAGGGAGCCGGAGACGCACACAGACAGAGUUGUUUAACGGUGAGACUCACAGAAAAAGAUACAGAGCAGCAGAAGCAAAGAGCUUGAUUCACAUAUUCCACCCAGAUCUGAGAGUCGGUGCGAAGGUAAACAGAGAGGACGAACUGCGCAGAAAAAGUGCAUCAGAAAAUAUUCAGCAGCUGAACUUUCCUCGACCUGUGCUUCCAGCAAGGACUGACCACCACUGAGUUCCACACCUCUUUACAACUUGGUCCAAAGGUGACAAAACAGAUAAAUUCUAGAAGUGAGAGUGACUGCCCUGAACAUCAAAGUUGUAUUUGAGCAAAAAUUUGACAAGAUGAGACUCCGGGUGAAGUUUAUGACCGGUGAGGUUAUUGAACUUGAUAUCAACCCUUCCAUCCAAGUGUCAGCUCUGAAGAAGAUGAUAUAUGAAAGAACCAAGGUGCCCCAUUUCCGACAGCGCUUGGUGGUGCAAAAUGGAAACACUGAAGAGCUGCAGGACAGCAGGAGGCUGUCUGACUACAAUGUCUCUCCCAGUCAUGAGGUCAUGCUGAUUGUCAAGAAUGAGGAGCGCAUGCAGAUAUUCCUGAAGAAUGACAAGGGGAAAACAUCUACAUAUGACGUUCUUCCCUCUGAGUUUGUUCAGGAUUUUAGAGCACGAGUGCAACGGCAGGAGGGUGUCCCAGCCAGUCAGCAGCGCCUGGUGUGCGAGGGGAAACAGUUGGAGGAUGGUCGGACACUCGCCGACUACAAUAUUCAGUCUGAGAGCACCAUCUUCCUCAUGCUACGUCUACGAGGUGGUUAACUAAGACAGCACCAAUAUGGAAUGAGUGUUAGAUAUUACACAAAAACUACAAUAAAAAUCUGUUGUUUUUUCUCCACUGAUGCAAUUUCUAUGAGGUUGUGCAUCGCGGUUAGUAAGUAAAUGAUAAUUUGACUGUCACUCUUCGAUUGUCUUGUUAAUAACAGUGGGGUGUUCAUGCACAUAUUAGCAUCUGUCUAUGAGGCAGACCACUGCCUGCAGUCAUAGCCCACACAGAAUAUGUCAGACAAAGCAGUGGAGGGUAUCCUUGAAAGAAGGAAUGGAAAAAUAUUUUUAUUUUAUACAUGAGGCCAAAAAUUACUAAACAUUUUCCUUUGGGACCUAAAUUCAGAUUACACCCAACCUCCCUCAAGCCUGCUGUCUGUAGAUAUCCUCUACGAAAUAGGUUGUGUGAGUGUCAGUGUUAACCUAAUGCACGUGCGCUCACAGCAUGACGAUUAUUCUUUUCGGUUCCAUUGCCACUCGGAUGUGGCACAAGGUGGUUGGUAUGAGAAAUGGAGAAAUGGGACGCUUUUUGUGAUGCAGUGAAAUUUGCCCGAAAUAACUGUAUAUAAUGAACAAUUAUAUUAAAUAUUCUGCAAAUAUUGCCUUAGGCUUACUUUAUGUGAGUAGAUGUGUACGUCCAAUAUAUAAAUGCUUUAGUCAGAGUGCUUAAUUUUAGUAAACACAAUUAAUGUGCCUGUGCUGUUCAUUUUAUUAAAACAUGCAACAUUACUUGAAAAUAAAGUUGUUUCUUUGGAUACAAA